UCUGGCGUCCAUCCCCUCCCCAACUCCACCUCUGCUGCUGCCUCUGGCUGUGGACCUGCACCUCUUCCCCAUCCCCGACAGGCCUGGGGAUCGAGGUGAGCCUGGAUGAGAGCUCCCACAACCUGGGGCUCUCCCAGGCCAUGGCCCGAGUGCUCCCAGGGAGGAGCCCCAGACCCUGAGCAUCUGCUGGAGGCUUGGCAGAGGCCCCGCGGGGACCGUGUCUUCUGAGGACAAAAAGGCGGCGGCCAGCGGGCAGACAGGGAGGGGGAAGGGGGGACCGGCAGCCAGGUGGGCAGACGGGUAGCAGGGGCCACUGCUGGCCCCCCUCCCAGCUUGGCGGUGGCGUGAAGAUGGGGGUGGGAGUGUGUAGUUGGGGAAGCACCUGCCUGGACCCCCACCUGCCAGCUAGCUGGGCAUCCCAAGGCUGUGUGCUGCCCAUCUGGUGUUCCCCAACACCCCCAGCCCUGCCCAGUGCACUCCUCCAGUGCCUGCUUCCCCUGAUGUCUGCGAUUUAGACCAGCCCGGCUGUAUCCACGGCAACAGAAGCAGGAAUGUCACUGGCUGCCAGCUCACGGAGGGUCCCACAAUGUGGCCUGGGCUGUGAUUUAUCCUGAGUGAGACAGCUUGAGCCCCCUCCCUCGAUUCCAAGACAGCCCUGCUGAGAGAGCCUAGGUGCAGCCCAGCAGGACAACUGAUGGAGUCCCCCGGGGCCCAUCGAGCACCGGACUGGCUGACCCCAUAGGGUUGGGAGCAGCCCCUGCCCCUCAGUAUGGCCAACACCACUGGAGAGCCCGAGGAGGUGAGCGGCGCACUGUCUCCACCAUCAGCAUCGGCUUACGUGAAGCUGGUGCUGCUGGGACUGAUCAUGUGCGUGAGCCUGGCGGGCAAUGCCAUCUUGUCCCUGCUGGUGCUCAAGGAGCGUGCCCUGCACAAGGCUCCUUACUACUUUCUGCUGGACCUGUGCCUGGCUGAUGGCAUACGCUCUGCCGUCUGCUUCCCCUUUGUGCUGGCUUCUGUGCGCCACGGCUCCUCAUGGACCUUCAGUGCGCUCAGCUGCAAGAUUGUGGCCUUUAUGGCUGUGCUCUUUUGCUUCCAUGCGGCCUUCAUGCUGUUCUGCAUCAGCGUCACACGCUACAUGGCCAUCGCCCACCACCGCUUCUACGCCAAGCGCAUGACACUCUGGACAUGCACAGCUGUCAUCUGCAUGGCCUGGACCCUGUCUGUGGCCAUGGCCUUCCCACCUGUCUUCGACGUGGGCACCUACAAGUUCAUCCGUGAGGAGGACCAGUGCAUCUUUGAGCAUCGCUACUUCAAGGCCAAUGACACGCUGGGCUUCAUGCUCAUGUUGGCUGUGCUCAUGGCAGCCACACAUGCUGUCUAUGGCAAGCUGCUCCUCUUCGAGUAUCGUCACCGCAAGAUGAAGCCCGUGCAGAUGGUGCCAGCCAUCAGCCAGAACUGGACAUUCCACGGUCCUGGGGCCACCGGCCAGGCUGCUGCCAACUGGAUCGCUGGCUUUGGCCGUGGGCCCAUGCCACCAACCCUGCUGGGUAUCCGGCAGAAUGGGCAUGCAGCCAGCCGGCGGCUGCUGGGCAUGGACGAGGUCAAGGGUGAAAAGCAGCUGGGCCGUAUGUUCUACGCAAUCACACUGCUCUUCCUGCUACUCUGGUCACCCUACAUUGUGGCCUGCUACUGGCGAGUGUUUGUGAAAGCCUGUGCCGUGCCCCACCGUUACCUGGCCACCGCUGUUUGGAUGAGCUUCGCCCAGGCUGCCGUCAACCCGAUCGUCUGCUUCCUGCUCAACAAGGACCUCAAGAAGUGCCUGAGGACUCACGCCCCCUGCUGGGGCACAGGAGAUGCCCCGGCGCCUAGAGAACCCUACUGUGUCAUGUGAAGCAGGCUGGUAGGCAGACAGGCAGGGAGAAAGUCAGGGCCACCAUGAUGGGGCCAACAGAAGGGGAGAGGUGGGGCUCCAUAACAGGAGCCUUUCUUUCUGAGCUCCAGCCCCAGCCCCUCGAACCACCUGGAAUCUAGGCACCUUUGCCAGCACCUCCCCAGGGUUGGGGACUGGGUGGGGGACUAGGAAAGAGGCAUUUCUAGUUCUGUGGGGCCCGUCUCCGCCACCUCCUUCUCCACUUCUACAAUCUCUCUCUCUCUCUCUCUCUCUCUCUCUCUCUCUCUCUCUCUCUCUCUCUCACACACACACACACACACACACACAGAAGUGACAAUUCAGAAAAAAAAACUGAAAAUGCAGGUUUUUCUACUCACAGCUGAGGAGACAAGGCUUUCUUGCUUUAAUGUCUCUCCUCUGACAUUGUCCAGAAGGGGGAAAUUUGUCCUGUAAAAUAGACUUCCAGAGCCCUUAUUGUCCCCUCUGCUCCCACGUACCCUCCCCUUCCAAGUCCUUUAGCAAGGCCUGGAUGUUUAGAGAGAAAUUGAUCUGCUGACAAGAGGGACCGAAGGGGCUGCUGGGUUCCCAGGGAGCAAGGAAUGUUUAAUUGCUAUGUUGUGUGCAAUGUUGUUUUAGGCUAACCCUGGUCCCAAGCCCGGUCUUUUCUCCAUCCCCACCAUGUCCAGACCUCCCAAGUGUUUCUUGAGCAUCUGUUUGAGAAGCGAGGAGGGGAGGGAGAAGGGCUUCUGGGAUGGGCCCAGGUUAGGUGAAGAGCAGGAUGUGAGUACACGCCUUGAGCUGAAGAGACCCCAGCUUGGCUGCAUUCUCUCAAGCUGCCAACUGGAUCCCCGUGCCCCAACUCUUCUUCUUGAGGAUGGAAAUCCACUCCAACCCCACCGGGGUUGAUGUGGGUGCCAUACAGGCAGGAGCAGCCCCCCACCCCAUGGAAGUGUAGGGAGAAAGUCAAACUCUCCAGAAUGGCUGGAUCCCAAAGGCUGGGGUCAGAGUGGAAUUCAACCCCAGAAUUGUCUCCUGAGUUCAUGAUACUCUCCUGAAGAUGAAAAUUCUUUGAGGGACUUGGUAAGUCAUAGUGGUAUAAACUCCAGGGCACUGUGGACUUGAGUCCAUUCCUCUCUGGCCUCUUUUUGUCCCCCUCAAGCCUCAGGAGCCUCAAGCCCCUCUGUGGUAACACUUGGCCUUCUGGGCCCUCAGCCCCCAACUUCCUUGCACUGAACAGCCCUUUCCCUCUUCCUCCCUCCACCAUUACUUCCACCCCAAGUGGAGCAGACUGCAGCCAGAAUCCCCAGGUGGGAGAUCCCAAGCCUCCUUCCCAGGACAGAGUCCACUCUGGGCUCCCAUCAAGUCUUAUGGACUGGUGAGCCAAACUGGCAUUCUUUGCCUGGUCUUGCCCAAGUUCUCUGUCCCCCUCUCAUCUCCUGGGAGAGCAGGAGAUCUGUAUUUAUCCACCUCCUUUCCCUUCCCUACAGAAGCCCUUGUCCUACACUCCCUCCCUACUCCAAGACAGCUCCAGAACUGGGCAAACCUUGACCCAAGAGGGAUGGAGAAGGCACUCUAGGCAGGAGAGACACUAAUGAGCCUGGCUAUGGAGUGGCCUUGGAAAGGCAGGCCAGAGUGGCUGAGAGGCUGGGGGUGGGGGGUACCUGUUCUCUCAGUGAUAGUGAUGGGGGUGCCUUUCAGGGGGUGGGUUGGGGCACCACAGGGGUGGGGGUAGAUAGGGUACAUUCAGGAGGAUUUGCCUCCAUUUCCUUUUUCUAACUGCGUGGAUUCACCAUUGGAUUUUGUAAAUGGAAAACAAAUGAACAAUGCUAUAUUGGAUGUUUUCUCUUUCUGUGUGUGUGUGUGUGUGUGUGUGUGUGUGUGUGUGUGUGUGUGUCCUGUCUGUGUGACUACAUGUGGGGAGGUAUGGUCAAGUGAGACAGUGUAUCUGCGUGACUUUGUUGGGGGGCACUCCUGCCUGGGGCACACAUGUGAGCAAAUGCCUGUAUGUGGAGACAUAUACAGUGCACGCGUGCACACAUGUACACAUAUGCACCUAAUUGAGAGGGGACAAAAUAGAGUAUGUGCCUGCAGCAAGAAGUAGAGUGUUCGGAGAGAUGGAACUUGAAAACGGUACGUAUGUAUGUAGCAAGAGGGUAGACUCCCAUCUCAUAAGAUCUUCCUCCCUUGGCCCAGGCUCUGAACAUGGGCGACAGGAUACUUGAGUACCCCAUCUCUUUCCAAAGGCUGGAGCCCCCAGGUACCACUCCCAACUCCUGUAUCAGUCUCCUUUCAAAAAGCCAGAUAAGGUGUUCCUGAAAGUGGACCACCAUGGAGAAUGGAGACUGGGAAUUGGGGAUCAAACUAUUGGGGUUAGGUAAUGCCCGCCCCCCAACACACAAAAUAAUGGCUUCUGGAGGGACUGCUCAGUCUGGGAUAGGAGCCCUUCGGAAGGGUCCACUAUAUACAGCUCGGAUUUUGGUAAGCUUUGAUUAAAUUCAGAGGGAGGGAUGUCACAGGGGAAAAAAAAAAAAGCCUGGGAGUCUCCCCAGCCAGCCUGUUCCCUGGGCAUUCAAUUACUUUACUCUCUCAGAUGCACAGAAUUGAGUUGACCAUACUCCUCAGUUCUUGGCACACUAUAUCAUCAUUGGUUCAUAUGAGGCCCUUAUAUUUUUUAUUUCGUUUUGUUUUGUCCCCUUCAUCACCCAUCCCUGAUCCCAUGUCCCCUUCCACAUAGGCACCCACUCUCGUGUAUUUAACGUACCGUCCUUCCAAUCCACCGUUCAUGUGUUUAUUUACAUAUAUGUGUAUCUGUGAAAAUGUAUGGUAUUGUUAUGUGUUUUAAUUUACAUAAACAGUAUUGUACUAUAAA